AUGUUGACCUUGAGAGCAAUAUUAAGAAAUAUUUUUGAAAAGGGUGCGGUAAAAGGUAAAAUCCUAAUGUUUGAAGCUGGUAAGUAGAAAACCUUAGAAUAAUUAUAAUAGUAUAUUAAUCAACUAUUGUUUGAGAUAUCUUAUGUAAUUUAUCGGUGUUAAACUUUUAUGGGACUCUAUAAAUAAGAGCAAAGAAGAAAAGUCUCUGUUAUGGGAUCUUUAGAUUUAGAUUCUUAUUAUCAGAACCUUAUUGCUUUAAAUUAGAAGAAGCUUUUCUCCUGCACUUCAUUUUUACUACUAAGAAGAACUUCACCAAAACGUAUAACAGGUACUAAGUGUUGCCUGUUUAUAUAGAGUUUAGUAUUUGCCAUUAUAGGCCUAAAUUCAUCAAUUAUUGGUAGAUUAGGAUGAGCCUUCUUUAGUGGAACUAAUCUCAUAGAGAAUAAGAAGUCAAACUCAAGAAGUUCCUCAAUAUUCUAUUCAAGUUUUCCUUUUGUUUUCGUUAGGUAAUUUACUAGAAUUUUUAAUUUAGUCAAAUCAUAAGAUAGAGCCUUACGAUUUUUUUGAAAAAAUUUUAGUUAAUCUUCAUCAUAUUAUAGGAAGAUAUUCCUAGGUCCUCUUUUAAUAAAAUCUGUAUCAAGUGUUUCCUAUAUUUCAAUUAAUUUCUGAAUACAGAGAUGAGUCACUUAUUUGGGGUUGGGUUUGGGUUUGGGGUUGGGUUUGGGUUUGGGGUUGGGUUUGGGUUUGGGUUUGGGUUUGGGUUUUGGGUUUGGGUGGAAGAAUGAGUAUUAUCAUUUAAUUAUGAGGUACCUAUUCGAGGCACCCCAAACUACUAAUCGGGGUUAUAAGGACCUUCCUUUUGAUUCCCAAGCUUAAAAGUGACCUUUUUUGGGUCAUAGCCAGAAGUUUAGAGGAUGAAAAUUUUAAAGUGGAUUUACCACAAUUUACUUUCUUUAAUUUUAUUUUUUUAUUUGGUAAUUAUUUUGAGACAUAAGAAUAAUCAAAAUUGGCAUAAUUAUUAAACCUAGUCUAAUUAUUAUUGUUAAUAAAUUUAUAAAGAUAUUAGGUGAGAGUGCCAUAUUAUUUGAUAUAAAAUUUAUGA